AUGAGCGAUAGUGAAACACCGCGGGGAGUGUUGCAAACGAUUUCGAAACGAAAUAUUUUGGAAGCGUUAACCGGAUCGCGAAGUGAGAAAGUGCCACCAGUUCCAUCGGUGGCGGAACAAAAGAUUGCAAGGCAAGUGUUGGAGAAGAAGAAAAUGAUGGAGUCGAAGCUAGAAGUGUUGUCGGAUCGGCGAGAUCUGAUUACGGAGAGGCUGAUACGGAUGAAGGAGUCGUUGAAAGGAGAUGGCAUUAACAUACAUUUGCUCAAUCUUCACCUUGAAACACUGCGGCGGUGCGCGGAUGAUUUCGAUAAGAUUCGUGUAGAAAUUUCCGCACUGUUGCCAAAGGAACAACGAAUCAUAGCACGCCAGGAGUAUGAGGUAUUCGAGGACAUCCAUAACGAACUUUACGUUGACUUGCAAACACGGAUUGCCCAAUCGCAAGAAGCAAGUCGCAUAACUCCAGGUAUGUCAAAUAGCUUAAGUAUUCCAGGCCCUCAGCAACCGAUUAUCGUGCAGGCAGCUGCCCCUCAAUUGCAUGCUCCGUUCCCAACAUUUGACGGGACACCGGAGAACUGGUACAGCUUCAAGAGCCUCUUCAAGAGUAUCAUGGCAAAGUAUCCGAACGAAACUCCGGCGAUGAAGAUAUUGCAUUUGCGCAAUUCCCUCGAAGGCGAUGCCAAAAGCAAGAUCGAUCAAAACGUUGUGAAUAACAACGACUACGAAAAAGCCUGGAAGAUUCUCGAGAACGCGUACGAGGAUAGGCGACUGAUAUUGGAUACGCACAUCGACGCUAUCUUAGGUUGUGCAAACGUCAACAAGGAGAACCGUGGAAAGUCGAUUUCGGAGCUCGUUGAAACUUGCUCGAAACAUGUUGAUGCGUUGGAAGGCCACAGCUAUCCGGUCGAGGGCUUGGGAGAGCUGAUUCUGCUUAAUGUCCUCUACAAAAAGCUCGACAAGGAAACGCAGGAGCAGUGGGAAAUGAAGGUACCUAAAGGAGAAGUACCAGAAUACGAGAUGUUCAUCGAAUUUCUUCGUGAAAGAGGACGCGUUUUGGAGCGCACAAAUCGUUCCCAGCAGCAGGUACAACAGUCAACGUUCCAACCAAAACAACGAUUUGCAGUAGCUGGUCAGAGGGCGUCAGCACAAUCAUCGAAGUCAUUCGUCCAAACGGUUACGGAAGCGUGUCCGUGUUGUCAGGCAGAGCACACUAUCUACAAGUGUCAGAAGUUCCAGAAUAUGGAUUUCUUGGAACGCAAGUCUGUUGCUGCGAAAGCAGGCUUGUGCUACAAUUGCUUGAAGCAGAGACAUCGAGUCAACGACUGUCAAUCCGAUCAAGGGUGCAAGGUCCAAGGUUGUGGUCGGAAGCAUCAUAGCCUCUUGCAUCCCAACGAUGAGGUUCGCCAGAAUCAGCCCGAAACGCGAUCUCAGUCUCCAGCAGCGACGGAUAAAGACAGCAACCCAGCUCAACAGGAAAGAAGCGGUCCGUGUGCUACUACGAUGUGUGCACAGAUUGAUCUAGCGAAGCGACAAGUGUUGCUGUCAACAGCAGUGGUUUUGAUAGUAGGACAUGGAGGAGUUCCCGUCAAGUGCCGCGCACUGUUGGAUUCAGGAUCCGACAGUCAUGUGUUAUCGGAGAAACUGGCCAACCAACUGAUGCUGAAGAAGAACCGUAUCGAUAUUCCAAUCAGCGGUCUCAAUGACAUUCAAACUAAAGUGAAGUAUGUAGUGUCAACACAAAUCCGAUCUCGGGUUAACUCUUACACGACAAGCGAGUUGGAUUUUUUGGUCGUACCGAAGAUCACAUCGAGCCUUCCACUGGUGGAGGUUGAUACCACAUCCUGGAAGAUUCCUGAAGGCGUAAAGCUGGCAGAUCCAUCAUUCCAUGUACCAGGAGAAGUGGAUUUGAUAAUCGGCAACGAGAUAUUCUUCGACUUAGUGAAGAUAGGACGUCUGAAAUUAGAAAACAGUGCAAUUACAUUUGCUGAAACGGAGCUUGGCUGGGUCGCAGGAGGAUCAGUGCAGGUAACGAGAAGUACACCCCGUGCACGAAUAUGCCAGUUCAGCCAUCAAGAGCGGAAUCUGAAUGAAACUAUGGCAAAGUUUUGGGAAAUCGAAGACGUUCGCCUCGGUUCUUCAUUGUCGGCGGCGGAAGCAGCGGUCGAGGAGCACUUCAAGGAGACUCAUGCAAGGGAUGAACAAGGCCGUUACAUAGUGCGACUCCCAUUCAACGACAAAAAGUCUCAACUUGGUGAUUCUUUCGUUAUGGCGAAGAAGCGCUACGAACGGCUGAUGAUCUCCUUAGCAAAAAACCCUGAAAAGCGUAUGCAGUAUGCUGCGUUCAUGGCAGAGUACAUUGAUCUUGGCCAUAUGAAGGAGGCAGAUGAUCCAAGGGAAGCAGGUUACUAUAUACCACACCACGCGGUGUACAAGGCGUCUAGUUCAACGACGAAGACGAGAGUUGUCUUUGAUGCUUCGGCAAAAACAACGUCCGGAGUAUCACUGAACGAUACUGUUAUGGUUGGACCCACCGUGCAAAGUGACUUGGUUGAGGUGAUAAUGCGUUUCUGUGGACAUCAAGUGGUAUUAGCAGCCGACGUUCCAAAAAUGUAUCGGCAGAUCGGCAUGCAUCCGGACGACUGCAAAUAUCAACGAGUUUUGUGGUGCAAUGAUCAGAACGACAUGAAGGUAUUCGAGCUUCAGACAGUAACGUACGGCGUAGCAAGUUCACCGUACCAUGCAACGAAGGCGUUAAUGCAGUUGGUGGAAGACGAAGGUGAGGAAUUCCCGUUGGCAUCAGCAGUCAUCAAGAAGGACAGUUACGUAGACGACUUCCUGACUGGAGGAGAAUCAGUAAGAACAGUGAUUACCACCUAUCAAGAACUUUCGGAGCUGCUGGGUCGUGGCGGAUUUGGCGUUCAUAAAUUCUGCUCAAACAGUCAAGAUGUCUUAGCGACAAUUCCAAAGGAUUUACAAGAACAACAAGUGAGCUUCGAAGAAUCUGGAGUCAACAAUACCAUCAAGACUCUUGGUUUAAUUUGGAAUCCAUCAGAGGAUUAUUUCGUAUUCCGUGUCCAACCAGUGUCCGAGAACAUAUCAUCUACAAAGCGAGAAGUAUUGUCGGAUAUCGGUCGCCUCUUCGAUCCGUUGGGAUUUCUGGGACCAAUAAUAGCUUUGGCGAAAAUGAUCAUGCAAGAUAUUUGGCGUCUAAGGCUGGGUUGGGAUGAGCUUCUUCCGGAUGCGUUACUACACCAGUGGAAACAGUUUCGUGAUGAACUCCCAACAAUCAAUCAAAAGCAGAAACGGCGUUGUGUGGUUCGGGAGAAAGCCUCUUGGAUUGAGCUACAUGGAUUCAGCGAUGCAUCUAAGCGGGCGUUCGGCGCAGUAGUCUACAUUCGAAGCAUAACAUCAGACGGUAUAGUUGAAGUGAAACUGGUUGCAAGCAAGUCAAGAGUGGCACCAUUAAAACCGUUGACAAUUCCACGUCUGGAGUUGUGCGGCGCUAAGUUGUUGGCAGAGUUGGUGCAGAAGGUUACAACGUCCAUGGCGAUUCAUUUCGAUGAGGUCAACUUGUGGUGCGAUUCGCAAAUUGUUCUGUGUUGGUUGAAGAAGUCUCCGUUAGCGUUGAACCAGUUUGUGGCCAAUCGAGUGGCGGCUAUUUUAGAGCUCACACCAGGCUGCAGUUGGCUAUACGUGCAAUCAGAGCAGAACCCUGCAGACAUCAUAUCAAGAGGUACGAUGCCAAACGAAUUGGUGCACAACGAUAUGUGGUGGAACGGACCGUCGUUGCUGUGGCAAUCAGCUUGUAAGGAGCAAGACCCUGAAGAAUGGGAUGAAACAGAACUGCCGGAACUUAAACCAGCGAAGUGCUUGGCAAUCAUCAGCAAGAACUUGCCAAUUACUUUCGAUCGUGUGAGUGAUUUCCGCAAACUACAAAGAGCUUGGGCGUACGUGAUGCGGUUUAUCAACCUGAAGAAAGAGAAGAGAGUGAUUAGUGUAACUGCAGAAGAAAUGCGAAAUGCGGAAAAAGUGAUUUUUCAGUUGGUACAAAAAGAAACGUAUAGUGAACUUUUGAAGCAAUUAAUGUCGAAGUCAAGCAAGCGACACAAUUUGUCGAAUUUGGCUCCGUUUAUUGGUGAAGAUGGUCUCAUCCGCGUUGGAGGUCGUCUAAAGUAUUCGGCGAUACCGUACGAGGGCAAGCAUCAGGUGUUACUCCCAGAGAAGCACCACGUAACGGAAAUAUUAGUUCGAAAACUACAUGAAGAAAAUCAUCACGUCGGACAAGGAGGACUAUUGGCAAUAAUUCGAGAGCGCUACUGGCCGGUAAAGGUGAAGUCGGUCAUCAAGAAAACGAUUUCCAAGUGUCAAGUUUGUGGAAAGUGCAACCCGAUCCCAGGAACUCAAUUCAUGGGCAACAUUCCGGAGUCCCGUGUAAACCCCGCACCAGUGUUUUCAAAGGUUGGAAUUGAUUACGCUGGCCCUUUCAUGUUGAAACUGGGAGGAAGAAGUCCAAAGCUCUACAAGGCAUAUGUGGUGGUAUUUGUUUGCAUGGCGAUCAAGGCAAUCCAUUUUGAAGUUGUCUCGAAUCUUACUUCGGACAAUUUCAUAGCUGCGUUACAUCGUUUCGUUGGCAGACGCGGUCUGCCAAGUGAUAUAUACUCGGAUAACGGAACUGCCUUUGUGGGUGCCAACCAUGAGCUUGUGGCCCUGAAGCAGUUGUUUGAAGAUCAACAGCAUCAACGAAAGCUCGAAGAGUUUUGUGCAGUGAAGGGUAUUUGCUGGCAUUUUAUUCCUCCGAGAAGUCCCCAUUUUGGAGGCAUAUGGGAGGCCGGCGUCAAAUCCAUGAAACAUCAUCUUAAACGAGUUGUCGGCGAAACCAAAUUAACAUUUGAAGAACUGACAACAUUUUUGGCGCAAGCAGAAGCAGUAUUGAAUUCUCGGCCAUUGAUUCCAGUGUCCGAUGAUCCCAACGAUCUGUCGGUUCUGACCCCGUUCCAUUUUUUGAUCGGACGAUCGGGACUGACAGUACCGGAACCAUCUUACAAGGACGUAGGACGGUUAAGCAGGUGGCAACAUAUACAGUCGAUGCAGCAACACUUUUGGACGCGAUGGUCCAAGGAAUAUCUACAUCAUUUGCAAACCCGACAAAAGUGGAAUAGCGCUGUGCAGCAGAUCAAUGUUGGUGCGCUAGUUCUGCUGCUGGACGAAAAUCUGCCACCUCAGCAAUGGAGACGAGGGCGGAUUGCAGAAACUCAUCCUGGGGACGAUGGAGUGGUCCGUGUGGUGACCGUCCAUACUACAACUGGCGACUACAAGAGGGCGGUUACAAAGAUCGCCUUUUUACCAUCGGUUGAGAUAGAGAACUCAACGGGGGGUGAAUGUUAG